AAUUGAAAUUUCCGAAUAACGGUGAUUUCCUUUUACAACAAAUUGUAAUGGUGUGGCAACAAUUUCUAUUAAAAAUGGUUAUAUUAUUUACUCGUGUGUAAUCCCGGUUCAAUCGCUAAUAUUUGUGAAAUUAGAGUCAGCUAUGGAUUUUCAGCAUCGUGCUGGUGGGAAGACUGGCACAGGAGGUGUAGCUUCAUGGUCAGAAACAAAUAGGGAUCGGCGUGAAAGACUGCGCCAGUUAGCGUUGGAGACAAUUGACUUGAACAAGGAUCCAUAUUUUAUGAAGAAUCAUUUAGGAUCUUAUGAAUGCAAGCUUUGUCUCACACUACACAACAACGAAGGAAGUUACUUAGCUCAUACCCAAGGAAAAAAGCAUCAAGCAAAUCUAGCUAGGAGAGCAGCUAAAGAAGCUAAGGAGUCUCCUCAGCAACCUGCGCCUGCUAAGCCACGAGUUGACAUUAAGAAAUUUGUUAAGAUUGGUCGACCAGGUUAUAGAGUAACUAAACAGCGUGAUCGUGAAACUGGGCAACAGAGCUUGCUAUUUCAAAUUGAUUACCCUGAGAUUGGAGAGGGAAUUGCUCCUCGUCAUCGAUUUAUGUCUGCUUAUGAACAAAAGGUAGAACCUCCUGACCGUCGCUGGCAAUAUCUAUUGUUUGCUGCUGAACCAUAUGAAACAAUAGCUUUCAAGGUCCCAAGCAGAGAAGUAGAUAAGAGUGAAGGGAAAUUUUGGGUCAUGUGGAACAAAGAAACUAAGCAGUUUUUCUUGCAGUUCAGUUUUAAAGUAGAACCUAAGGUCAUUAAAUUACCUGCACCACCCAGUGCACCUCCUGGUCAGCCACAGACCCAACGUCCCAAUGCACCAAUGCAGAAUGUGCCUCCUCCACCACCCCCUGCACCAAUGAUGCCUCCUCCUCCUAGGCCUAUGGGUAUGCCUCCUCCUCCUCCACCUAGUAGUAUGCCUCCUUCUUUCCCUUCAAUGCCUCCUCCUCCUAUGAAUCAGUUCCAACAGAUGCAGAGACCUCCUCCUCCCCCAAUGAAUAUGAAUUUUGCUCCACCACCUCCUCCUAUGAUGAGACCUCCUGGUCACAUGCCCCCUACUAGUAUGGCUCCUCCUCCACCACCUCCUCCAACAAGCAUGGCACCACCUCCACCUCCAACCAGUAUGGCCCCUCCACCACCACCUACUAGCAUGGCACCUCCUCCCCCUCCUUCUAGUAUGGCUCCACCACCUCCACCAAGUUCUGCUCCUCCACCACCUCCUCCUCCUGCAGGAACUACUCCAUUGAAAAAAUUUACCCCUCCUCCACCACCACCUCCAGCAUCACAACCUAAUCCAGCUAUUCCAGGAAAUCCACCUAUGCCACCGAGGGUUGAUUCACCUCCUGUGUCUCCACCAUCACCUCCAUUAUCUGACGAGGAAAGUCGUUGAGUGUCACUGCAAACAUUAAUUAUUAAAAGAGGGGGGGGGUUAUGAAAGCCUAUCUUUUUCCAAUUUCUUUUGUUGCUUCUUAUAAAAAGCAAAAUGUAUUGUAGAAAUUUACAAUUUUCUAUCAAUAAAUACAGUUUUGCAUAUG